AUGUCGCAGGAUUCUCGACGUGCAGGUUCAUUGUCCAGAGAUGUGGCUCAAACAGAUGACCGUGCGAGUGACAAUGACCGUGCAUUUACAACCCGAAAUCCUGUCCGCGGCCGCCUAAUCGACCUCGACCCCAGUCAUGGCAUCCGUAUGGGCCCGUGGAACCACCACUGGAAUCUAUCUCAUCGCGACCCAUUGGCAACGGCAGAGCCACUGAGCCUACCGGGUCCAUCUUCCUCACCUCGUCCCCAAGGGACUUCGCCCAUCCGCUCAGGAUAUGCGAUGACCUCGCAGCCGUUAUCCCCGAAGUCCCAUCCACGGCCUUUGAUGAAUCCAGCAUCGCCUUCGGCGCGGUUCGUUGGGAGCGGCAGGGCUUCUGGUCAGUCAAGUGUUGCACAGUCACCGCUAGUUCCCCAUGAACCGUUGACGGGCCCACGCGUGCCUGUCACUAGUCCGCCUCUGCCCCUGGAGACGGGACUACGCCCAAUUGAACCUCUCACUGGCACUCAGCCUCCGUUGACCUCGCUGCAUUCUACAACCGGUCUGCAUUCCAGGCAAACCAGUGCCGGCCGAGGGCCUCUCACCAACCCAAAUUCCCAAGAAACGAGUCCUAGCACGCCUCAUUCAACUUUCAGCCCCUAUGGCCGUGCAUCCCCAGCAGUGGCCAGUAUCUCCCUCGCACAAAGCGCCGCAUCAUAUGCCACUGCGCCUUCAUAUAUGACGCCCGACCCAUCCCCGCAACAAAAGGCCCAAGACCCCAACCCGAACCAGCCCCCCACACGAGCCGGAACACCACAGAGUAGCCCGCUCCCAUUGGGAAUGAUACCAUGCGUACUAGACAUGCGGUCCGGCUCCUCCAGCCAAGCCGAAAAGCGCAAAGCGAACAGCGACGCCUCACGACGGUUCCGCAAUCGCAAGCGUAACGAAAUGCAACUCGAGCAGCGGCUCAACGCACAGCAAGAAGAGAUCCAGCGCAACGUAGAAACAGUCCGUCGGCAGAGCGAGGAGCUCCGCUCCUCGUCCAGCAACGAGACCACUACCGCUCCGAGCGAGACUUCUACCGCGACCACCUAG